GCAAAGGACAGUUUGGAGGUGAAUCAUACAGAGGGUAGGAAGAACCGGAUCAGGCCAGCCUUUAAGGAGGACCCGUUGUUUAAACGCUUCACCUCUGAUAACGACACUGCUGUACACAUCCCUACUGACAUCUACGAUGGCUUUCAACACCAGGGUGAAUAACACAGCGUGUUUUGACCACCUGGUCCAGGCCAACGUGAGGAAUAAGAAGAUCCUGAAGGAUGCGAUUCAGAACAUCUCUGCUAAAGGCAUCACCAACUACACCAAGGGAUUUGAGUUUGCCUUCGAACAGCUAUAUGCAAUUAACAUCACUAGAGCCAAUUGUAACAAGAUCAUCAUGCUGUUCACUGACGGAGGAGAGGAGAGAGCAUCGGCCAUACUUCAGGAAUACAACUCUGACAAGAAGGUGCGUUUCUUCACCUUCUCAGUAGGUCAGAACAACUAUGAUCAAGGUCCAGUCCAGUGGAUGGCCUGCCUUAAUAAAGGAUACUUCUAUGAGAUUCCCUCAAUUGGAGCCAUACGCAUCAACACUCAAGAGUACCUGGAUGUACUGGGCAGACCCAUGGUUUUAGCUGACCAGCUAGCCAAGCAGGUCCAGUGGACUAAUGUCUACCUCGACGCUCUGGAGCUAGGAACCCUACCUGUCUUCAACAAGACCAAGUAUAAAGAUGAAUUGGGCAUAGAGAACCAGUUGAUCCUAGGGGUGAUGGGGAUUGACGUGUCACUAGAUGACAUCAAGAAGCUCACACCGCGCUACACUAUCGGACCUAAUGGAUAUUAUUUUGCCAUCGCCCCCAACGGAUAUGUGCUGCUACACCCCAACCUCCAACCUAAGAACCCUAAAUUCCAGGAGCCUGUCACUCUGGACUUCCUCGAUGCGGAACUGGAGAACAACGUUAAAGUCCAGAUCAGGAGAAUUAUGAUAGAUGGGAACCCAGGUGAAGAGACCAUAGAGACUCUGGUUAAAACUCAGGAUGAGAGAUACAUCGACAGAGGAGUAAGGACGUACACCUGGGCUCAGUUCAAUGGAACAGACUAUAGCUUGGCCCUAGUCCUGACAAUGUACAGUGAACACUACAUACAGGCCAAACUGGGAGACACCAUCAGACAGGCUAUGGCCAUGGACACUCUGCAGGUGGAGAGGUUUGAUGAGUUGGGACAUACCUUCAUUGCCCCCAGGGAGUACUGCAAAGGCCUGAAGGACAAGGACAACAACACCCAGUUCCUCCUGGACUUCAACCAGUUCAUUGACAGGAACACAGUGGAAGAGUCAUGUAAUAUGGCUCUGGUCAGUAGGCUGCUGUUGGAUGCUGGGUUGACGGCUGAUCUGGUCAAACUGUGGAAGGAGCAAACAUUGCACGGAGUCCUGGCCAGGUUUGUAGCCACUGACGGAGGGAUCACUAGAGUCUAUCCCAGAAGUGCUGGGGAGGAGUGGACAGAGAAUACCUAGACCUAUGACUCAAGUUUCUACAAGAGGACUCUGGAUAACGACAUCUAUAUUUUCACUGCUCCAUAUUUCAACAAGAGCAGGGAGUCAGGCUAUGAGUCAGGUAUUCUGGUGAGCAAGGCUGUAGACCUCAACAUAGACAGAGUCAACCUCAAACCGGCGGUGGUGGGAGUGAAACUAAACGUCUCUGCCUGGAUGAACAGCUUCAUGAACGCCACCAUCAAAGUCAACGAUGAAAUCUGUGGCUGUCUGAAGAAUGAUAAGCAUGUUGACUGUGUCAUCUUGGAUGAUGGAGGCUUUCUGCUGAUGUCCAAUCAGGAUGAGUAUAUCACACAGGUGAAAUAAAUAAAUAAAAUUGGUCAGUUCUUUGGGGAGGUGGACCCAGUCGUGAUGAUCAGUCUGGUCAACACAUCUCUGUACUCCUUCAACAAGACCUACGACUACCAGUCAGUCUGCAACCCUGAGAGAGACUGCAAGGCUGCUGCAGGGCCAUGAUCUGUCUACAUGCCCACUAUUGCAGACAUGCUGAGUAUAGGCUGGUGGGCCUCCACAGGUGCCUGGUCGAUAAUGCAGCAGCUCUUCUACAGUCUCAUAUUCCCAAGGUUCCUAGAGGCAGUGGACUCAGAUGAUGACAUGUCUGCUAACAUGGUUAAGGAGAGUUGUAUCACAGAGCAGACUCAGUAUUUCUUUGACAACGAAGAGAGAUCCUACUCGGGAGUCCUCGACUGUGGAAACUGCUCCAGGAGAGUGAUGUAUCGAGCUGAGAAGCUGCCCAACACUAACCUGGUGUUUCUGAUCACUGAUGCCAAGACCACCUGUCUGUCCUGUGACCCCAGACCACUACGACAGGCAGAGCAACCAUCCCAAGGUCCAGAUCGCUGUGAGCUAGCUCAGAACCCCAGAUACAGGAAAGGACCUGACGUGUGUUUCGACAACAACGUAGACGAGGAUGAUUCUGACUGUGGGGGCGGGACCUCUCUAAGCGCUUCCGCUUGGCCCAUGUUGGGACUCCAACUACUGCUGCUGUGGCUCCUCACUGGCCCCCGACACUCAUGACCCCUACAGCCACACACAUCUCAACCAGACAGUGUUUUACAUUGGACCGUUUUCUGACUCUCCAUCUCCUGAAUGUCAUCACUGAUCUGUUAACGCACUGCCAAUAUGGAAGAGAAGUCACUCUCCUGCUCUCCAAUCAUUCUCCAAAGCCAAAGAGGUGCUCUUUCCUCCCUCUCCUCUCUUCUCCACCAUGUUGACUGAGCUAUUCUAUUAUAUGGUGUAUUCUUUGGAGCUAACCAAACCCUUUAAGUCAUCAUCAUAAAUGUACUUGUAUAUGUUUUGGUUGGAGUAAGAGGGAGGUUGAGUGUCUGUCCUUUAUAAUUCACUGAUACGAAUGAUUUAGGCUUAGUUUCUGUUGUUUAUGAUAUUUAUUAUACUGUACAGUACAGAAAAAAUAUAAUUAUGAAGACGACAAAACCUGUAACUGAAAUGGAAAGCAAAGUUAUUGAUAAUCCAACGGUUUUGAUUUACAGUUGAAUUCGGAAGUUUACAUACACCUUUGCCAAAUACAUUUAAACUUUUUCACAAUUCCUGACAUUUAAUCCUAGUAAAAGUUCCCUGUCUUAGGUAGUUAGGAUCACCACUUUAUUUUAAGAAUGUGAAAUGUCAGAAUUAUAGUAGAGCUUUUAUUUCUUUCAUCACAUUCCCAGUGGGUCAGAAGUUUACAUAUACUAAAUUAGUAUUUGCUAGCAUUGCCUUUAAAUUGUUUAACUUGGGUCAAACAUUUUGGAUAGCCUUCCACAAGCUUCCCACAAUAAGUUAGGUGAAUUUUGGCCCACUCCUCCUGACAGAGUUGGUGUAACUGAGUCAGGUUUGUAGGGCUCCUUGCUCACACACGCUUUUUCAGUUCUGCCCACACAUUUUCGAUGGGAUUGAGGUCAGGUAUUUGUGAUGGUCACUCCAAUACCUUGACUUUGUUGUCCUUAAGCCAUUUUGCCACAACUUUGGAAGUAUGCUUUGGGUCAUUGUCCAUUUGGAAGACCCAUUUGCGACCAAGCUUUAAUUUCCUGACUGAUGUCUUGAGAUGUUGCUUCAAUAUAUCCACAUAAUUUUCUUCCCUCAUGAUGCCAUCUAUUUUGUGAAGUGCAUCAGUCCCUCCUGCAGCAAAGCGCCCCCACAACAUGAUGUAGAUGUCCUAACCGACUUGCCAAAACUAUAGUUUGUUAACAAGAAAUUUGUGGAGUGGUUGAAAAGAGAGUUUUAAUGACUCCAACCUAAGUCUAUGUAAAUUUCCGACUUCAACUGUAUUUAUUUAUUCAUGCAGGUCAAACAGCAGUAUGUGAAUAGAUCCAGUAGACUAGAGUAUGGUUCACUCAAUAGAGAGCUGAAGAACACUGUCACCAUUCCAGGAAUGGGGAUAGUUGACCCAUGAUAGAUCUUUCUCUGCUAACAUUCAGGGUCAAAUCGUACUUUCAUAUCUUUAUGGUCACGUUAGCAAUCCUUGGGUACCAAUCAGUGACCUAGGCCAAUUAUUUUCUAAUACUUUUGGUGUGCUUUGUUUAGCUUCACAUACAGGGUAGGCAGGCAUUUGCACUUUUGGAACUAUUAAAUGUGUUCCAUUGCACCAGGCAAGCUAUAUUUAGUGCAACUCAAGUCUUUGAAAGUACAGUAUGCAUAUGACCCAGGUCUGUAUAGAUACUGUAUAGAUACUGAUACAGUAUAACUUCAUUUGAUGCAUCAGAUUCCCAGUGCCUAUGUAGCUUCAACAUACCAUUCAUUUAUCCAAAGUUAUUCUUUGAUGGAUAGUCAUUGGAAUUAUGUCCCAAAGUGUCCGUUGCAUGCCGUACUGUAUGCUAUGUGUAUUAGUAGAGUAGGAGCAGUAGCUCAGAGAUAUGUUUCUUAUGUUCCGUAGCUAGCUGGUAUCUACCUAGCCUGGGUGGCAGUCUGUUUCAGCUUCAGACUGGCAGAUAGGCUUGAACAAUAUGCUCCUGGAGUUAGUUUCCUACUGUAUCCCCAGACUCAGGAUUUCAGGAACGUGAAAGACAGAAAAGCUUUCCGAAAGGCUUAAGUUGUUUCACAGACCCUGGUGAGCAGACAACUGGAGAAUGAUAUCAGCAUAUCUAAAGACUGUUUCUUUCUCAUCUUCUUCUUGUUCCUCUUCUGCUUGUUUCUUCUUUGUGUUGCUUUCUAAAAUCUGUAAACGAGAGUUAAGUUCUCAGUUACACAUUACAAAACCGCAGCACUGUAACCCUAACCCAAAAUUAAGUACUUACUGUAUGAUCUUUGCCAAUACUGUCCCCUCUGCCAUGGCCAUCUAGUGACCACCAGAUUUGGAGCGUUCAGGAUCAUGCCUGUUUAUUGGAGUAGCGUGUUGAUGUGUGAAUAAUGCCAACGGCAUGAUGUAGCCAUGGAAUGGGCAUGUCCCUGGAGUAUCUCUGAUUGUGCUUUAAUACAUUACUUACUAUUUUGUGGAACUUGACUAGCCUGAUACAAUUUUGUAUAUAUUUGUACAAUAAUGACAUUUAGUGUAUAAAAAAGAAACAGAAAAAAAAUGGAAAAUAAUGUUCAUAACAUGGUGUUGAUUCUUGUGAAAAUAUAUAUUCUCAAUAAAAGUGUAUUAU